AUGCUGGAAGAAGCAACUCCGCGUGCCCAGCUGCAUCUUCACCGGAUUCUGAGUGGAUAUGGUGGCAGCACUAAUGGGGAUACAACAACACGAGUUGGAACAUCCAUUCGGAGUUCUCCCCCGCAACAAUUUGCGACAAAGAGUCGUGUGAACUUCUUAACACCACAGAGCAACAGUGUAUUAUUAACUCACACUGAUACCCGGGAGAAAACUGUUACGGCGAGUAGUACUCCAAACAAUAAUGGAUAUCGUGUUUCCACAGGAAAAAGUAUUACAAUGUCGCCACAACGAAGGGGUACAUCAAGUUCACCGCGGGUAAAAACUUCUCGUAUGUUGGUAGACCUAAUGGAUUUUCCACAUGAAAUGGACUCACGACAUCAUACUUUCCGUCGAGAUGGAAAUACACAAAAUACCUCUCAGAGAACACGACGGGUUGUGAGUGUUCCAAGUACAAAAUACAAUUUGAUGCAAGAUGCAUCUUUGAGAGAAAUGGAAAUAAGGGAUUUAUUGACAAGUAUGCACACACGUCUUAGUAGCAGCAGUAUUAGCCAAGGAAAUGAUAUACGACGUCACAUGCAGCAAGUUGAAAGUGACGAGGCCUUUGCUCGUCAGUUCAUGGAAGAACUUGUUAGCUUCUAUGCAGAGGGUGUACAGAGCUCCAUAGAUCGCGAAGAAAUAUCAUUAAGAUUAUUAAAAGACACCACAUCUACAUUGUCGCGGGUUGGCCGGUUUCUCCAAACACCACCUGAAGAGGUAUUACGAGACCCGGAGUGGCAUUUAUUACGGUUUCGAGAUAAUGCGAUGCAGGAUCAAUCUUUAAAUAUGGUUGACAUCCUCCUUUCGCUUCAACGUUUUCCUGCCACUAUGGUUGCUAAUUAUGAACGUCUUAUGGCAGUAGCUAAUGGUGUAACGGAGGUAGAAGAACCAACACCAAUGCUUUCAAUACCCCAACCACACCCACAGCAGCAGCAACAACAACAACAACAGCAACCACCACCACAACAGCAAUUACAGCAACAGCAACUACAAUCACAAGAGCCUAAUACGUUUGGUCGUCGACCGUCGUCAGUGUUUUCACGUUGUGGAAGCGCUCAUCCAACAGGUUUUCGUUCAUUUCUCCCUCGCAGUGGAAUGAUGAGUCCUCCUGGGGCAAUGGUUAUGAGUGCUAGUCUUGACAGUGUUGAAGAUAUGCCUUCCAGUUCUACUAUUAUGGCUCACACUGUAAUGCGUCGGAUGGAACGGGAGGCUGACACCGCGUGGGCUAUAGAGGAUCUGCAGGAAGAAAGUGCCUACUGGCAAGAAGAAACUCUGCGGGCUAUGUCAGAGGCAGAGAGAUAUAUUCAGAUGGCAUGCACACUCCUAGGUUGUCCACACUCAACUGCUACUAAUGGAGUUGGUGAGAUUGGAUCUCGAAGGAUGUCUAUAACAGCUGUGGGCUCAAACUCGCAAAAAUUUUUCGUACAUCGGGUUUUUAUCCAGCUGCUUAUUGAAAAAGAAGAAGGUGAACGUGGCAAGAUUGAGGCCCAAGAGUCAAAGGAGUGGUGGAAUUGUUGGAUUGCCGCAUGUGAAAGGGAUUCGCCAAACAUCUCCUUUAAAAAGAAUGGUUUUUCAGUGAAUCUCGAAAAGGAGGUAUUUAUCAGAAAAAGUGAAGAUGGCAUCAGUUGCGUACGAUCUGUUGAUGACCUGGUAAAUAAUAUACAUAUGGAUGAUUCAAAAGAAGAAGGGGGAGUGAGCUCUACUCGUCCUUCUGGAGAUGAAGUGGCUUUCUGCGGUAGUACUUGCGAGGAUGAGGCACAUUAA